GGUACUUCCGGGCUGUGGUAUAAACUUGAGGCCUGCCCAUGUGGUUGUAGCUUUGCGUUUCUCCUUCGUGUGUUACUGUAAGUAUGGCAGAGAAUGACGUUGAUAACGAGCUGUUGGACUAUGAGGAGGACGAGGAGCCACAGGUGGCCCCCGAGAGUGCCACCCCUGCUGGGAAGAAGGAGGUGAAGGGCUCCUACGUGUCCAUCCACAGCUCUGGGUUCAGGGACUUCCUGCUCAAACCUGAGCUCCUCAGGGCCAUCGUGGACUGUGGAUUUGAGCACCCAUCAGAAGUGCAGCACGAGUGCAUCCCCCAGGCUAUCCUGGGCAUGGACAUCCUGUGCCAGGCCAAGUCUGGCAUGGGCAAGACGGCGGUGUUUGUCCUCGCCACCCUGCAGCAGCUCGAGCCCGUGGACGGACAGGUGUCCGUACUGGUGAUGUGCCACACGCGUGAGCUGGCCUUCCAGAUUAGCAAGGAGUAUGAGCGCUUCUCCAAGUACAUGCCCUCGGUGAAGUGCGCUGUGUUCUUCGGCGGCCUGUCCAUCAAGAAGGACGAGGAGGUGCUGAAGAAGAGCUGCCCGCACAUCGUGGUGGGCACACCAGGACGCAUCCUCGCACUUGUGCGCAACAAGACCCUCAGCCUGAAGAACAUCAAGCACUUCGUCCUGGAUGAGUGCGAUAAGAUGCUGGAGCAGCUCGAUAUGAGGCGUGACGUGCAGGACAUCUUCAGGCUCACCCCUCAUGAGAAACAGUGCAUGAUGUUCAGUGCCACCCUCAGUAAAGAGAUCCGUCCAGUCUGCCGCAAGUUCAUGCAGGACCCGAUGGAGGUGUUUGUGGAUGACGAGACGAAGCUGACCCUGCAUGGCCUGCAGCAGUACUACUGCAAACUGAAGGACAGCGAGAAGAACCGCAAGCUCUUCGACCUGCUCGAUGUCCUCGAGUUCAACCAGGUGGUGAUCUUUGUGAAGUCGGUCCAGCGCUGCGUGGCCCUCUCUCAGCUGCUGGUGGAGCAGAACUUCCCUGCCAUUGCCAUCCACAGAGGCAUGGCCCAGGAGGAGAGGCUGUCCCGCUACCAGCAGUUCAAGGACUUCCAGAGGAGGAUCCUGGUUGCCACCAACCUGUUCGGCAGAGGGAUGGACAUCGAGAGGGUCAACAUCGUCUUUAACUACGACAUGCCGGAAGACUCCGACACCUACCUGCACAGGGUGGCACGUGCGGGCCGUUUCGGCACCAAGGGUCUGGCCGUAACGUUUGUUUCUGAUGAGACGGACGCCAAGACCCUGAACGACGUGCAGGACCGCUUCGAGGUGAACGUGGCGGAGCUGCCGGAAGAGAUCGACAUCUCCACUUACAUUGAGCAGUCGAGAUGAGUCCUGAAGUCAUGCCAAAGGAGCACCAUCUUACCCGUGUUCCUGUCGUGUUUUGGGUUGGGGCUUUGCCUCGCCUCCCUUCCUCCCCCUACAUGCUGAUGGAAGAGUGCUCUCCAGCCUGCACUGGCGGUUUUAAAGCUCCUGCUUCUCAUCAGUUUUUAGCUUCUGUUUAUUGUGUUUCUCAUUUGCGGGUGGGGGUGAGGCUUGGGGAGAGAUAGCGGCUCUUGUCAUGAACGUUCGUUUUGUUUUAAUGAAAUUAAAACUUUUUAUACAGUUA